CUCUGUCUCUCUCUCUCUCUCUCUCAUAAGAUCAUAUCCCAUCUAUACCAAACCAAACAAGCAUUAGAAAUAGCCUAAGAAGAAGGCAUGACAGAGGACAGAGAUCCACAAUCACAAUCAAUGGGCCCCACUCCAUCAACACCUCCUGAUUCAGCAGCAGGUGCUGCAAGGCAAAGAAAAAAGAGAAAGUGGGAUCAGCCUGCAGAAUCCUUGAUAUCAGCUGGAAUUGGAUUUCCUGGAGUCCUUCCACUGGGUGUUGGAAAUAUUGUUGGAAUUUCUCUUCCGGCUAUUGCUCCUCUUUCUGGUGCAGUUGUGACAAAUCCAGUUGCAGCUACUGGUGCAUCUGUCCCUCAGAUAUUUCAAGUGCCCACAAUCCAGCAGAAUACAGCAACAAUUGUCCAGAAGUUGAAUCAACCAAAGAUUCAAGAUGAACUAAUAGCACGAGAAAUUGUCAUAAAUGAUUCUGAACCUACAAUCCGGUACAAGCUUACAAAACGGCAAACACAGGAAGAGAUCCAGAAAUGCACAGGUGCUGUGGUCAUAACGAGGGGCAAGUACCGGCCUCCAAAUGGACCACCUGAUAGUGAAAAGCCAUUGUACCUUCACAUUUCUGCUGGUGCUCAUUCGGCAUCCACUGAAUUAUAUUACAAUUGUUGGGUUGAUUUGGGAGUGCUUCUGCAGUUGAAGGACACUGCUGAGCGAAUCAUAGCAGUUGACUGUGCAGCAGCAAUGGUUGAGGAAAUACUGAAGCAAGGACAAAUUUCAAAGCCAGCCUCUACUCCUUUUCUUUCUGUUGUGAACAUCAGCGGGCAGGCUACUCAGUCCUUGAGCACAUGUCUGUUCUUGGGAUUCGACACUGACCCGUCAUUAAAUAUUGCAGCUCGCAUCCGAGGACCAAAUGACCAGUAUAUAAAUCACAUUAUGAAUGAAACAGGAGCAAGUGUCAUACUGAGGGGGCGGGGUUCAGGAAAUCUUGAAAGUCCACAUGGUGAAGAAAUACAGCAAACUCUGCAUUUAUAUUUGUCGAGUACUAAUCCAAAGAGUCUUGAAGAUGCAAAGCUCCUAGCCGAAAAUCUUUUAGACACAAUCAGUGUAGAAUGUGGGGCUUCCAGGGUAUCCUCAUGUAACGUUUAUAACGCUGUGCCUCCUCCUCAGCAGUUAAGCGGGAUUCAAAGCUCUACAUUGGUGCAAAAUGUAAUUGCAAGUCCAGUUGCAAGUACAGCAUGCUCAACCAUUGCUUCGGCAUCUGUAGUUCCUUUUGUCACAACAACCAUAGCACCAAUUUCCUCAACUACCUCUGUUGUCUCCAGUGCCUGUCCUCAAGGGACAGUACCACAAUCUGGGGUUGUGUUCAAUUAUGGACAGCCACAAGCAAAUAGAAUUUCCUAUCCUCAGCCUUCAGUGCCUGGGGGAACAAGCUAUAUUGGAUAUGGUGGGAUCUAUCCACAAGCCACGCCAUUGCAGCAAGUUGCUCUAGCACUGAGACAGGCGCCUUCUCCAAUGACUUCUGUGAUUGCUCCCACAACUUCAGCCGUCAGCACACUGCCAAAGAUGAGUUCGAGCUCCACCACUGAAACUGAUAAACGGCCUCCACAGAAGCGGAAGUUUCAGGAGUUACCAAUUGCUUCAAAAGAACCUGCUAGCCUUCACCAGGUAUUUUCUCUGACCUUCUAUGAAGCUGACAGGCCGGUACUGGACCUGUCCGUUGGAUCAUUGGUUUGCAUUUUUCACAGGAUUUUCAGAUCUGGAGUUGCUAUAACAUGGGAGUGCAUGCUGAUUGGCAGCUUUGAUCACAGGCCCAUCCCAGAAUGGUUACCUUUGAUGUCAUGUUUCAAAAUAAAAUAUAUUCUACAUGAAAUAUCUUGCCUGCAUCUUCACUAUAUAUGUCGCUACCAAGAGAAUGUGAUGGCUACUCAUUAGAGUAGAUUUGGGAUCAUAUUUCCCACAUGUACAAUUAUGGUCCACUCAUCAGCAGGCAUUCAUAUACAAUGGCCCAAAAAUCAGGCUGGUCAGUCAUCUGGUCAGCUAAAUGUGUACUUGAAUAUGGAAUUAUUCUCGGGGAUCCUUUAUAAAAAAUGGGACAUAUCUGAUGACCUGACCAACCUGAAAUUCAUGCUAUGCCACAUACAUGGUCAAUCCCAUCUCUGAUUAACUGCUCAGAUAUUGAGCACACAUGAGUAUGUGUGGGGAGAGUAGGAUUCAGUGUUCUAGUGAGUAAUCCUGGUAAUGCACCUGUUACCUUCCCUGAAAUCUUUCUCAGCUUUCAGUAGCAAACAGUCAACAGUCAACAGUCACAGCCUUGUUUUCUAUCCUUUGCAAUCAGCUGACAACUCAUUUGCCCCAGUCACUUCUGAUUGUGUUCUCCUUCCCAUCUUUGCUUCAUCUUCCAUCUGUUGAAAACACCUACUGUCUGAUCCUGAGAAUCCUAGUUUCUCAAGCACCAGCUAACUUUGGGUCUUCAUUUUUGUACGUGUGUAGCUACUGUCUGAUUGUGGGAAGGAUGUUAUUAUGUUUUUUUCUUUUUUCUUUUUUUGAAUUUAUAUAAAAUGCUAUGGAGUGGAUGUGAAAGGUUGGAUUUGGUUUUCCAGAACUCACGACAAGGAUCAGAAUUUCUUAAGCCAGGUGUCCCUUAUGAGGAUUUCAGCUUGAGGAAUGUUUCAACUAUGCCACCUCCAAAGAAGUUGAUCCAGUCGACAUCCAAUGGGAUGCCGCCACCACCUCCUCCGAGGGCC